UGCUGUUUUUCUUCAGCUCUGCCAAGUUUUGCAACUUGCAGAACAUCCCGUUGUUCAGAAACUUGUAGAUCCCAGUCUUUUCAUCCAUCGUUUUACAAAACUUUUGCUGGGAAGAAGAAAUAAUGAUGUCUCGGACACAGCUUUACGCAUUGUAGCUAGCAUGAAGAGAGAUUGGAUGCAGACUGGGAGGAAGCCAAGCAGAUUAUGUGGUGCAGCAUUAUACAUUGCUGCACUCUCUCAUGGGUGUAAUUACACCAAGGCAGAUAUUGUCUCUGUUGUGCAUGUGUGUGAGGCCACUCUAACGAAGCGAUUGAUAGAGUUCGAAAAUACAGAUUCUGGCAGCUUAACAAUUGAAGAAUUUCUGGCAACAGCUGAUGAAUCUAAUGAAGAGCCUGUUUCAAAACAUUCGCCCAAGUCUGGAGAAAUUCUCUGCAAACACAAGGAUAAAGGUUUUGAGCAUUUUGCUCAUGGACUUUGUGAAAAAUGCUACAAUAAGUUCACUAAACUGUCGGGUGGACUAGAAGGUGGUUCUGACCCUCCAGCAUUCCAACGAGCUGAAAAGAAAAGACUUGAAGCUGCUAAAAGGGCUGAAGAAGCUGCAGCAGCUAAGGAGAAAGGUACUGUACAUAUUGGCAUGCCUCAAGUUCUUUAUUGA